UGGAAUAAAGUCAUCGGUGAUCGCGUCGUUCGUCGUGCGUGAGUACUCAACAGCAGGCUCCUAGAGGUUAAAUUUCUUAUAGCUUUGGGAACCAUUGAAUUUCCUGGGUUAUUAUUUAAGUAAAAAAGCGUUCCUUGAAAUCUUUACAAGAAAAAAAAAAGAAUAAUAAAAAUGUACACAAUUGAAAGAUUUUAUUGUGCUAGUUUACCAGUUGGAGCAAUUGCAUUUGGAUGGUAUACAAUUGUCUAUUCAAUAAUCACAGCGAUUUUAUGCAUUUUCCAAGGAAGUUUAACUGCUUUAUUUUUCUAUACCUUUCUCGGAGUGGGCAGUGGGGUUUUACUGUUAUUAGGAGUAAGAAAGAGUUUAGAUAUCCUCCUUCUUCCGUGGCUGGGAUUUAAUGCCUUUCAUAUUGUUAUCGUCACUCCAUUUACAUUAAUUACUCUACUAUUUAAUCAUUUAAGUGAACCCGGUGUUUUUAUUGGUUCCGUACUAUAUUUAGCCAUAUACACAAUUUUCAUCUGUUACGGAUGGAUUGGAGUUUUUUCACUGUAUCUUAAAUACAAAAACGGUGAAUCGCCAUCAACAAACCCUCGUGGACAAGUUUAAGAAUGGAACAAAUAGAUUUUAAAAUGUUUGUAGUUAAGAAAUAAAAUAUAAUUUUAAUAUAAAA